UCCCAGGCAGGCUUGUGUUGUCUCGUACACGGUGCUUUGUUAAUAACCCUGGUUAAUUGUAUGAAGUCGUUGCCCUGCCGCGGAGCCGAGGGGCGGUGGAGCAGAAGGGAACGGGCUUUGUCCCCCCGCCCAGCCCGGGGGCUGUGCGGCACGGCCGGAGCUCCCCCCCGCUCAGCCUCGUCAGUGUCCGCUGGAGCGGGGCAGAGCCACCAGCCCGCGGGGCUCCGGGGCCAUGCCCGGCCCGCUGCUCUGGGCGGGCUGGCUGCUGGCCGCCGGCUGCCUGGUCGGAGCCACGGGCAGCUGCCGGCACCGCUGCUGCCCCGGCAGGAACAACGUCUGCUGGGCCCCCGGCGCCCGCCGGGCUCGCUGCUACUGCGACUCGUACUGCCAGCGGACGGGAGACUGCUGCCAGGACUACCUCGCCACGUGUCGCCGUGCCGCGGUGGGCUGUGCUGUGGGGCCCUGGGGGCCGUGGAGCGGGUGCAGCUCCCCGUGCGGGGUGGGCAGCAGGGCCCGCAGCCGCCAGGUCACGGUGCCGCCGCGGCUCGGCGGGGAUCCCUGUCCCGACCUGCAGCAGCGCCGCGGCUGCCUGGGGCAGCAGCCGACCUGCGGCACGGCCGAAGCUGCUCUUCUGCCUGCGGUAGCCAAGAUACUCCCCAGCUCCUUCAGCCAGGCCUUCAGAGGUCCCUGGCGAAGAGCGGGGCUGCCGCUGCCGGAGGAGCCCUCUGGGUAUGUGCGGGGUCGGGGCCCCUCUGUAACCCCCGUCCCCAAACCGGGACCCCUCCUGCACCCCCUGCGCUCACGGCCUCUCUGCACCCGCAGGCCCAGGGCCUUUCUGCUUCCCCCGGCCAUUACUUUUCUCCCUCCCCCAUACAAAACCACGGCCCUCUGCAUGCCCCACAGAACCACAUCCUUCCUGCCUUCCAAACUAGGGUCCCUCUGCACCCCCUCAGAGCCACUUCCCUUCCCACCUCCCCAACCCAGGCCCCUCUGCCACUCCCCAACCCCAUAUCCCCUUAUACCCCAACCCAUCAACAAACCACCGCCACCUCUGCCCUACCUUCCGACCACCGUUUCCCUCUUUUCUCCUCCGCGUUCCCCCUCCCCAGCUCCCCCCUCCCCGGCUACUGCGGCUAUUUCCGCCUGGCGCAGGUGGGACCCCGGUGCCGCGGGCGCGCCUGGAGCCGCGGGCUGCAGCGGGACACGCGGGUGUGCGUGCAGUGCUGGGGGAACGCGUCCCUCCGCCCACCCCGCUGCACUGGACACGGCCUGCAAGGAGCCAGGACAUUUUGGGUGGCAGCUUCUGUGGUGGGGUGCCAGGGCUCGUGGGUGCAGGAGGGCCUGCAGGAGGGCUGUGUCUGCUCCCCACCAGCUCUCAUCUUCGUGUAGGAUCCCCCUGGAAGGUUUGCUGUUCACCCUUGGUGCCAGCUCCCUGUUUUCCAUUAAAUAUUUUGCUGAAGAAUGGAAAAACCCUUCUGAUAAAGACUAAAAAUAAGGGAAUUGCUGAAGUGUGGUGAUUAAUGGUAGAAGAACAGCAUGAUGAGGUUAAGGCUGGGUGAGCAGAUGAUGUCACGCUCAGCCAUGACAUCAUGCUUUCAAAGAGCUGCAACUGGCAAGCAGCAUGAGGAUGGAGGCAGCAUCCCUCCUCUCAUCUGAGCUCACUCACUGCAGUACCAGGUGAGCCAUGCAGGGCAGCCCAGCCCUGCUUUGCAGAGAGGAAUUAAAGACACCCAAAGUCUGCACACGGGCGAUGGUGCCAGUGCCCAGUUCCAGCCGUGGGGCUCAGCAGCUCCCACUGGAAGGAGUGAGGCUGGGCUGGGUGCUGCUGCUGCCCUUCCCCAGUCCUUGCCCAGUAUGACACGAGCUUGCUGGUGGGGUCCCUGCUCUGGCUUUGGGUGGUGCUACCACAGCCUGUGGUGGGAGCAUGU